AUGACCUCUCGCAUCACCUAUAGCUACAAGGGCUUGAAGCGAUCACGACCGCACACCGUGUCUGACGACGGCUACGAUGACCGCCCCUUGCAAGACGUGCCUGCGACUACGCCAACGACGACACCGAUCAGUCAUUCACGGAAACGACCGAGGGUUCAGGUUGAAGUACUGUUGCCUGUCUCUCCUUCGAAGAACUCACCGGCUCGAAAACCACACAUCAAUGUGGACAAUGUCUCCACUGAAACUCCCAAGCAGCCAACGUCCAGUGGAGGUUCACCGAAGAAGAGGGCGCAUGUAGAAGUACUGUUGCCGUCCCCUCACAAAACAACAUUCUCGCCGCGAAGCAUACACGAUGCCUCCAAACCUCCCAGUGGCUCAGACGUGGCUCAAAUAUUCCCCGAAAAAUAUCUCGAACAAGUCCGAGGACCACACGAGACGCACUCGCCGUCACCGAAGAAACGGUUAAAAGUAGAGGUGCUCUUGCAGUCUCCUCAUAGGACAACACCGUCCCCUCAGAGAAAUCACAGCCCAUUGAAGCCUUCGACCUCGUUUCAGAGGCGAAGGAUAAUGUCAACCGAAGAAGACUCGGAAUCAGAGCGGGAGCGGUCCGCGAAGAAUUCGAGGGCUAAUGUUGUUUCGAGAGUAGUCGAAUCCAUGCAGAGAGUCGGGUUCACUCUUUCCUGCUCUUCUUCAGCAUUUAUUCGAUCGAAAACUGGCGGGUCUGACAUUGAUGAUGAUGAUAUCUUACCUGUAUUGAACAUCGCACCAAAGCGCAAGGCGGCUAUUCAGCUAACACCGGCUUAUGCGUCAACCUCACGAGGUACUGCCCAGCGGGCCGUAAAAGAGAGCUCUAGGCCCCUCAAGACUACCGUCCCAAAACGAACAUCUUCGACGGGCGUAGAACGCACUUUGUCCACAUCAAAACUUACGUCGAGGGUCUCGACUAUGAAUUUAACAUCAUUGCGACCUAAAGAAUCACGACCGAGUAGUUCGAAAAAUACGAAUAGGCCAUUUGCGACCUUCCCACGGCAUUCUCCUCACCGUGAAACUUCUGCAUCGCUUCCAGGCGAAGCAAAGGUUCCAUCCCUGGCCCGUACACCACUCAAGUCAUACCUUUUUGAUUCCACAUCCCCUCUCACCCCUCUCCCAACCAAUUCACCGUCUAAGCGAUCUCCGAUCACCCCGUCGAAGUCGUUAGACUCUGUUCGGCCUUCUACCCCAAGGAGUCCAGCUAAGGACCUAUCCGACCUGUUCAACUUUGUGACCCCGAAAACGGGGCUCUCAAAACUGCCGGACAAACCGAAGGUGCCUCUCGUCAAGCGCAUGCUCGCCCGCUCACGCACCGAGCCAUCGCUGGGUGCCGCUGUCAGUGACAACCGACCCGGGUCUAUGAACUCCAUAUCAUUUUCUGGGUCUCUGCGCAAUGCUGACACCCUCGUCGACACUCCAGCUGCAGGAGCGUCGCAAUCUGCCUCCGGUAGCGGAUCAAAUGCCCCUAUGCUUCCCGUUACACCCACGAGCGAAUCAGAAUCACAAGCACGAGCUACUGCGGUACCACAAUCCCAGAUCCGUACCUACGCGGGAAAGUCACGCUCUUUUUUGGUACCAGUCCCAGCUAGCGGGGUGCCCGGGGCUCUCGACGACGACCUCGACCUCGAGAACACGCGAGAGUCAUACGCGGACCUGCGAUCACGUUGGGGCGUCGAUAAUUCCGAAGACGACCCGCUCCCGCGCUCGCCAUCGCCUGAACCGGUCAGCGGAAAGGGCAAGGGCAAGGCGAAGGAGCGUAGCAGAGUUGUUCUGCCUUCGAACAUGAUGAAUGAUCUCAAGAGCAUCACAGAACUGAGGUCGAAGGGCGAGAGUAGGCGCUUUAUGGACGAGGUUGGAUACUUGUUUGAGGGCAUGGGUAAAAACGUUGGGGUCGGGGUGCGAAGAGGGAGGCAAGUUUUUCCUCUCCUUCAGCUCAGGCCAUGGUCGUUGAUAUAA